AUGGCUUUUUCAUUUUUUAAGAAGAAAUUUGGAAAGGGGUUUGAGAAGGUGGAGUCAGAGCUGGGCAUUCCUGCCCUGCUGGACCCUGAGGAUAUGGUGUCCAUGAAAGUGCCUCAUCGGUUAAGCAUAAUCACUUAUAUCUCUCAGUACUACAAUGUCCUUACCAACAAGUCUGUGGAAGUCAACCCUCCUUGCUCAGAAAGGUCAGAUGGUACAGUCCAAGCCAAACUUGGCACAAAGAGACCUGAGGCUCAUGUCAGUGACCUAGUGUUGGAGUCUAAGAAAGACACAAGGGACCAAUCCAAACGGGACACUCUGAGCAAUACCUGUGCGGUCUGCCAGAAGCAGGUCCACCUGGUGCAGAGGCAUCUAGUCAAUGAAAAACUGUAUCACCGCAGCUGCUUCAGGUGUCAGGAGUGCAGCAGUUAUAAAGCAGGAAGUGAGGCGGGCACCCUGAUAUGCAAUCACCACUUUUCCAAUCACAGCAACUGCCCAGACCUCAGCAGGCCAGGGGAACCGAUGAUGACGCUAGGGGGCAAAGCCAUAAAAUCUGAGACUCUGUCUGCUGCAAAGAGCCAGGAGAAGACUCUUCCCCAGGGCGUGGUCCCUGUGGAACCGUUGAUCAGUUCUGAAUUUGCUGGAGAGGCAGAACUACCAGAGAAAAAUGGACAGAGGAAUGGUAGCAGAGAGGAAGAGAAUGAAGAGAGAGAAGCUAAUAAAAGCACAGAGAUGGAUGAUGGAAGGAGGAAUGCACCCAGGACCCGCCCCUCAAAAGUAACAGACAGCACCAAAGCCAAUGUUCUGGCCGUCCCAGUGGAACCUAUAAACGCAGAGAUCCUCCCUGGAUGGAUCUGGUGGAGCCGGGCCCAUGGAGACGACUGCCCCCUGCCCCCCCAGCCUCCCUCCCCCGCUACAGCUCAGUACCCUGCCUCUGGGGCCGUGGCUCCAGGCUGGCCCUCUCUACCAACCCCUUUGAGGCUAAGAAUAUGGAUGAAGAGUCUGUACAGGAACUCCCCGUCUGUUCCCAUUUUCCCAUCAAUCCCCAAUGCCCUCUCCAAACCAGGUGCUUCCACUUCAGUGCUGCCCCACUCUCUAUGUAAGAGGGCUUGUAUGGAGAAGCCUCCCCCUUCCUACACCCCCAAACCCAAGGCCCCUGGAGGCCCCCACCCCACCCAGCCUUCAGUCUCAAUACACGGCUUUCCCAAUAUCAAGAAGAAGAAGAUGCAUUCAGCUCACUUGGUCCGAGUGGAGGAUAUCCAGGUAGAGAUGAGGGAGCUGGAGCGCCAUCUCAACCUGCUGGAGCUUAGAGGAGUGGAACUGGAGAGGAAUUUGCGAGGCUGCCAGAGUGGAGAGCAGGAGGAGACCCUGCUUGUGGACUGGUUCACUCUCAUUCACCAGAAGCAUGUGAUGGUGCGCCGGGAGGCCAUGCUGGUCUACACGGAGAAGCAGCAGAAUCUGGAGAAGAGGCAAGCAAAUGUGGAGUAUGACCUCAGGUGUCUUCUCAACAAACCAGAGACGGAGUGGAUUAAUGAUGAUUGGAUCAGAGAGCAGCAGCUGAUGGCAGAGUUGGUCAAAAUUAUUGAAGAGAGGGACCACAUCGUCAACAGGAUGGACCAGGACAAGCAAAGGCAUGUGGCGGAAGAUAAGCUGCUUGCAGCCAUGAUCGAGAGAAGGUAA